ACACACACACACACACACACACACACACACACACACACACACACACACACACACACACACAUGAUGAAAGAGGAAUUUGCCAAAGGGUAAUGCCCAUUGAACCAUCUCUCUAUCAAUACAAUCUCAUUCACUAAGGUCCGCUGUCCGGCGAUACCUUUGAAUGCCAAUAGCUCCCUAGAUGGCUGGCUUGCAGUCUUUAAAUAGAUCGAAUGUUUUUUUGGGGUUGUUUUUUUUUGUUAAGAAAACAUUGCAUCAAAUCUUCAGGUCAGACGCACUGGAUUAUGGUCGGGAGCUGGUUCUGCGCGCUCUAGAUCAGCCUCCUCUGAUUGGGUCGCUACUCGGGCCACGCUAUUUGUCGCGCGCGCUCUUUGGCAAGGCAUUUGUUUCUCUUUGGGGUGCGUGUGGUUGAUACCAACAAGGUGGCCCAAAUCGAGUUUACCUGUGGCUCUGAGAAAAAAACAAAACGAUCGCGCCAAGAGGCAUGCGUGCAUAGACGCUCUGGAGUGUAGACGCUCGUGCUCCGUUCCGCCCGGGGCGCGAGGUAAGAGAAAAAAAAGAAAAAGGAAAAGAGUUCGCAGGCGGAGCCAAUGAGAAGCCACCAUUCAGCCCUGUCCUCUAUAACACUGUCUCGCGGGGGCUGAGUAAUGCCACAACUAAGUUUCGACAACUGGGAGAGUUUCACUUGGACUAAACUUGCAGAGAGAGAGAGAGAGAGAAAGAGAGAGAGAGAGAGAGAGAGAGAGAGAGCGAGAGAGAGAGAGAGAGAGAGAGAGAGAGAGAGAGAGAGAGAGAGAGAGAGAGAGAGAGAGAGAGAGAGAGAGAGAGAGAGAGAGAGAGAGAGAGAGAGAGAGAGAGAGAGAGAGAGAGCGAGAGAAAGCGUGCCUUGAGACGCACACCACUCGUUUAUCAUCUAGUCUUUUUCUUGAGCAUACAAACGAAAUAUAUAUAGGUCUAUAAUAUAUAUAUUUUUGCCUGGGACGUUUUUACACUGCGGAGGGCUGCUUUGCUUUGCAAGAUGAGCGCCGGACAGACUUACGAGAAGAAGAUCGCGAGCAUUCUGACCGAUCUCCCAGGAUCUAUGAGUUGCCAUCCGAGCUCCAAAGACUCUCCGACCCUGCCCGAGUCGUCGGUGACGGACAUGGGCUACUACAGCGGCCAGGCGCCCCACGGCCACCACGAGUACUACCAGGGCCAGGGCUACGGGCAGCCCAUGAACUCAUACCAUCACCAGUUUAACUUGAACGGAAUGGGGGGGAACGCAGGGGUAUACCCCACGAAAUCCGAGUACCAGUACACAAACGCGUACAGACAAUACGGACACUAUAACAGAGACCACCUGCAGGCGUCCCCUCACGGCUCAGUAAAAGAAGAACCGGAGCCUGAAGUUCGCAUGGUCAACGGAAAGCCAAAAAAGAUCCGCAAGCCCCGAACCAUCUACUCCAGCUACCAGCUCGCAGCGCUUCAGAGGCGCUUCCAGAAGGCGCAGUAUCUGGCCCUGCCCGAGAGAGCGGAGCUGGCGGCCCAGCUCGGCCUCACUCAGACACAGGUUAAGAUCUGGUUCCAAAACCGGAGAUCCAAAUUCAAGAAGCUGUACAAGAACGGCGAGGUUCCCUUGGAGCACAGCCCCAACGCCAGCGACUCCAUGGCCUGCAACUCUCCGCCCUCUCCCGCCGUCUGGGACAGCGGCACUCCGCAAGGAACACCCGUCCCCAGGCCUCAAGUCCCGCAGCCGACCCACAGCUCGUCGCCACCCUACCUGGAGGAUUACAACCACUGGUACCCGCAGGGACCGCACCUACAACACCCGAGUACCGUGCACCACCCGGUGCCGCAGCAAAGUGUCGGGGCGGUUUACUAAAGACAAAAAACUCGGAGCCAUUCGGAUUGCCGAGCGCCUGUAUUUCUCAUUGACUCUGCAGAGCAAAACAACAUGUACUGGAUCGGGAAGUCGUUUCGAAGACGCUGAAAUAACAAGCGAAACGUUUCCUUGGGGUUGUUUUGGAUGCGCGUCUCUUUACGCACCAGGACUCUGGUGGGUUUGGGCGAGAGUAGAGAUUGGACCCGAGACCGUCCUGGUGCCUGCAGCAGGUUCACAGGCUCAGGAGGGACUUUGGAAUCACUUUGUGGCCUAUAUUUAAAUGACGUCUGGCGUGGUUUUUAAAUUAUUUAUCGUUUCUGGUUGUUUUUUUCUUCUUUAAAUUAGUUUUGUAAAUUAGUAUUAAAAAAAAAACAUGUUUAAAGAAGUUGUCUUACCAGAAAUCAAAGAAGACAAAAAAACUGUGCAGUUCAUCCAUAACGACGUACAAAUAAGGAAUAUGGGUUUGCAGAUGCGUGGGCCCUAUGUCGGAAACUCAGGUCAUAUUUAUAACGAUUUGUACAAAUGUUGAAGGCUGUAAAUAUGUGUUUAUAAGUAGAACCACUAUGACAUAUUUGUUUGAAAUUGAAAGCACUGCGGUGCCUACACCACGUUUUUAUAUUCAAGAACUUACUUCACUUGCCCUUCUAAUGAAUAAAGGUUUCAAUUACA